CUUUUGUUGCGUCAGGGUAAGUACAGGCGUACUAGUUUCGAAAUUUUAGCAUAUGGUUUGUGGAAGUGUCUGCACGCACUAUGCUGAGUUUGUUUACGUUCAGCUUCUGCUUAGACGUUUCGGAGGACUUAGUUCCGUUACCAGAAGCAACUGCGCGUAUAAUGACGAGCUAGCAGGAGCAUUGUACUAUAACGAGUAGCGUAUGGAUUGAUUUAGAUUCGCAAUGGUCCAAACAACGAAACACAUGCGGGCGGAACCGCAACUCUCACCAUCGGCAGUCGCGGAGACUAAGAGAUGGGCAGCGGAUUUGCAGCAGCAUCCUCGGUCCCUCCAUUGCGCACGUAUCGACUACCGCACGUUGGCCGACAAGUAUGCGUAUUUCAAAGCGUGUCUGUCAGGAGUGGAACGGGACGCAGUAGAACAGACAGGAGAGCUGUUUCUCGACUACAGAAGCCCGGAAUGCCUCGCAAAGCUGACCAAGGUCUUGCUCGAGCAUUUCUACGACAUCCGAGACUGGCAGGCUGAGCCUUUUUUUGCGGCAAGGGGACAUACUAGGGUUCCCAAGGCGAGGAGCACUGCAGCGGAGGACACUGCCGAGAUAGAGAGCAGCUCUGCGGCAAGUUGUGAUAAAAAUCGUGCCACGUUGCGACAUCAUGAGGCACCAAACGAAGCCCCUGAAGUGCUGGCCUGUGAAGACCAGGACGCGACCUACCAUCUAUGCCCUCCGGUGCCGAGGUCGGCUAACUAUUUGCACUACGUUGCGGAUCUAUUUCUUUUCGAUUCGGGACAAGAAGCAGCUGCCUCGUCGUCGUCGCGGCCAGCCCUGCGUAGCAUCCAACGCCUCCGCGGACUUGACAUUGGCGUGGGGAUGAGCUGCAUUUUUCCGCUUCUGGGCGAGAAAAUUUACGAGUGGGACAUCAUCGGGUCAGAUAUUUCGCCGGAGACGGUGGAGUUCGUGCGGAAAACGUACGGAAAAACUGUGGUGCUGCAGAAGAAUCCACGGCGAAUCUUCGAUGUCUUUCGACGAGAAAGGGACGCGGACGCUGCAAUUAUAGGUCCGGCGUCCACGACCGGGGAGAUAGACGCUAGGCCGAAAUUCGCUUUUUGUGUGUGUAAUCCGCCGUUUCACGAGAACAUAGCGUAUUUCGAGCAGAACAAAAAGAAGUUUCAGUCCCAAGCGUAUGGGGGAAAGCCGCAUGAGGUGGUGUGCGAGGGGGGCGAGGUGGGUUUUGCCUUUCGCAUGCUGCAGGAAUCGAAGAAGCGCGAACUUGAUAUUCAGAGGAAAAAUCCCCCCUCCCCACAUUGAAAAGGUAUGUUUCCAAAAAUUUGUGUUGCGGAUUUGAGGUCACAAAUCCCAUCUGUCUUGCAAGAAGACAAGGGCAGAAGCCUCCGCCCCAUUAUGGAAGCGGUUUGUCAUGCUGUUAGGCUUAAAGGGGAGCCGUUUGCCAUGCUGAACAACUAGACCCAUACGCCUCUACCUAGCCGGGGGAUCCGGCCGCCAUGCCUCUCUGCAAUACAAAGCUGAUUUGUGGCAACAAAUCAGCAUCACAAAUUUCCGUUUCGAUAUGGGGAGGGGGGAUUUUUCCUUUUGAUACUUGACGUCCUGUGGUAUACGAUAAUGGUCAGUCGAUACUCCAUAUCAAAAGUAAAAAUGUCUGGGUCUGGAAACUUGUGAUGCUGGGUUGCGUCUCAUGAUGAGGCUACGAAUGCUGGCUCAGCAUGACAAGUUUCUGAGCUCCUACGUGUUGCCUAUCCUGCAUGACAAACUGCGGCGCUGCAGCACGGAAAAACGGAGCUCUUGGGUAACGUGCAUGACAGAUUUAAGAGUCAUGCCAGACAAGCAUGACAAACGUGAAUUCUUCCAGACCCAGACAUUUUUACAUUUGAUACUCCACGAAGAAAAAGUUUGAAGAGUGGGUCGCCGCGGCUUGUCGCGUGGAAAACGAGAAAAGUACGAAAAGUAGAUCGGCAGCGAUUGUGCAGACCAGAACAUUCGAGCUAAAACAGGGAAAAAGCGUGAAGUGGGUCCUGUGUUGGUCGUUUCACACCCAAGCAGAAAUUCUGGCGUGCCUCGAAGCUUCCCGGAUGAACGAUGUGGAUGCAAGCAGUGAGGCAAGCGGAGCGCCAGUUAGUGGAUGGCUUUCGUCCUUCUAUUCAGAAAAAGCGACCACCAUCAAAUUGAAGAGAGGGUCCGAAGGCAAAGAAAAAGAUGAACAAGCGAUAAUAUCAUGUCAUAGUAAGCGACAAAAAAUUCUUUAAACGAUACACAGACAAGUUGUAGUAAUAAGCGACGUCGAAAAAGUAGGGUCACAGAUAAAAUCAAGCAGCAGUUCACUUGCUCUGCGC